CUGGCUGGCAUUCUUUGAUGUUAUCAUUUUUAUGUAAUGGGCUUGCUUCCAUUUUCGUUAUUCUUGAUGAAACUGAUCAGGAUUUUGUAGCCUUUAUAUGGUAGAUUCAUCAUUCUUGUUGAUAUUGCGAUUUUCGUCCUUUGUUUGUGGGGAUUCUUGUAAAAAAUGGCUGGUGGGAGAAUAAGGGCUAGGCUGAAAAGAAGCAGUUUGUACACCUUUGGAUGCAUUCGACCACCUCGUGAAUCUAUAGACGAGCCUCAUCAAUUUCAUGGGCCUGGAUUUUUAAGACAAGUUUGUUGUAAUCAGCCCGGGUUUCAUCGGAAGAAACCUCUGAUAUACCCGACAAAUUAUAUAUCCACCACAAAGUACAAUGUGAUCACCUUCUUACCCAAGGCUCUUUUUGAGCAAUUCCGGCGAGUUGCUAAUUUGUAUUUUCUAUUAGCUGCGGCUCUAUCUAUCGCACCCGUUUCGCCUUUCUCGCCUUACAGUAUGAUUGCACCGCUGUUGUUUGUCGUCGGGCUUAGUAUGGCUAAAGAAGGUGUGGAAAAUUGGCACCGGUUUAUGCAGGAUAUGAAGGUAAAUAUGAGAAAAGUUUUAGUUCAUAGUGGCGGUGGUGAUUUUGUUAACAAGCCAUGGAUGAAACUCGAGGUCGGGGAUGUGGUCAAAGUGGAAAAAGAUUGCUUCUUUCCUGCCGAUUUAUUGUUCUUGUCCUCUAGUUAUGAGGACGGAAUAUGCUACGUGGAGACUAUGAAUCUAGACGGGGAGACAAAUUUAAAGGUUAAAAGAAGUUUAGAGGUAACCUUGCCUUUAGACUAUGAUACAGCUUUUAGAGAUUUCCAAGCAACGAUUAAAUGUGAGGACCCGAAUCCUAGUCUUUAUACGUUUGUGGGUAAUUUUGAAUAUGAUCGCCAGAUGUAUCCCCUUGAUCCUAGUCAGAUUCUCCUUAGAGAUUCCAAGCUUCGUAACACUGGGCAUGUUUACGGGGUGGUGAUAUUUUCUGGUCAUGAUAGUAAAGUGAUGCAAAAUGCCACCAAACCUCCUUCUAAAAGAAGCACAAUUGAGAAGCAAAUGGAUAAAAUCAUUUAUGUUCUUUUUACCCUUCUUGUGCUGAUUUCGUUAAUCAGCUCAAUAGGGUUUGGUAUAAAGACCAAGUAUCAAAUGCCCAGAUGGUGGUACCUGCCCGCCGAUGACAAGAAAUUAUAUAAUCCACAUUAUCCUUUUGUAUCGGGCAUAGCUCACCUGAUUACAGCUCUUAUUCUUUACGGGUAUUUGAUACCAAUUUCACUGUAUGUUUCAAUUGAGCUCGUGAAGGUUUUACAAGCAUUGUUCAUAAACAACGAUAUACACAUGUAUGAUGAAGGAACCUGUACUCCUGCUCGAGCCCGGACAUCAAAUAUAAACGAAGAGUUAGGGAUGGUAGACACAAUUCUUUCUGAUAAAACAGGGACGUUAACAUGUAACCAAAUGGAUUUUCUUAAGUGUUCCAUUGCUGGAACCCCAUAUGGUACUCUUUCUAGCGAAGUAGAGCUUGCUGCCGCCAGUCAGAUGGCUAUGGACCUCGAAGGGACCCAUCACGGUUUUUCAAGAACUGGUGCACUGAAUGGCUCCGAGAUCGAAAUGGAAACUGUAGUUACUCCUAAAGGUGUAAGUUCUCAAAACCAUAUCAAGGGGUUCAGUUUUGAAGACAAUAGGUUAAUGAAUGGAAAUUGGUCUCAAGAACCCCAUAAAGAUGUUCUCUUGAUGUUUUUCCGGAUUCUUGCUCUUUGUCACACUGCAAUUCCCGAGCUAAAUGAGGAGACCAGAAGUUUUACCUAUGAAGCUGAGUCACCAGAUGAAGGAGCUUUUCUUGUUGCAGCAAGAGAGUUUGGUUUUCAGUAUUGCAAACGAACUCAAUCAAGUAUAUACGUUCGUGAGAGGCAUCUCUCAUCUCAUGAGCCUAUUGAAAGGGAGUUCAAACUUUUGAAUCUUUUGGAUUUCUCAAGCAAACGAAAGAGAAUGUCAGUUAUUGUCCAGGAUGAGACGGGGCAGAUUUUGUUAUUAUGCAAAGGUGCAGACAGCAUAAUCUUUGAUCGUUUAUCGAAAAAUGGAAAAUCAUUUGAGGAGGCCACCAAAAAGCAUCUAAAUGAGUAUGCAGAAGCUGGAUUGCGUACACUAGCAUUUGCCUACAGAAAGCUUGAAGUGUCUGAGUAUACUACUUGGAAUGAUGAAUUUAUGAAAGCCAAGACUUCCAUUGGUGGUGAUAGAGAUGCAAUGCUUGAACGCUUAUCUGACAUAAUGGAAAGAGACCUCAUCCUCGUUGGUGCAACUGCCGUGGAGGACAAACUGCAGCCAGGGGUGCCUCAAUGUAUCGAUAAACUGGCCCAAGCUGGUCUAAAGAUAUGGGUUCUGACUGGUGAUAAGAUGGAAACUGCAAUCAACAUAGGAUUUGCUUGCAGUUUGCUUCGGCAGGGAAUGAAACAAAUAUGUAUAACGACGAAUUUGGAGAUGUUAACCAACGAUUCUAAGAAGGCUGUGAAAGACAACAUUUUGAUGCAACUUACCAAUGCAUUGCAAAUGGUUAAGCUUGAAAAGGAUCCACAUGCUGCAUUUGCGCUGAUUAUUGAUGGGAAGACACUGACUUAUGCAUUAGAGGAUGAUUUGAAGCAUCAGUUCUUGAAUUUAGCCAUUGAUUGUGCAUCUGUAAUAUGCUGCCGUGUCUCUCCUAAGCAAAAGGCGUUGGUUACGAGAUUAGUGAAAGAAGGCACUGGGAAAACAACUUUAGCAAUUGGAGAUGGUGCAAAUGAUGUUGGUAUGAUUCAAGAAGCCGAUAUUGGUGUCGGUAUUAGUGGUGUUGAAGGAAUGCAGGCUGUGAUGGCAAGUGACUUCGCAAUAGCUCAGUUUCGGUUUCUUGAAAGGCUUCUUGUUGUGCAUGGUCAUUGGUGCUAUAAGAGAAUCGCUCAAAUGAUUUGCUAUUUCUUUUACAAGAACAUUGCUUUCGGUCUAACACUCUUCUACUUCGAGGCCUUUACGGGAUUCUCUGGACAGUCGGUCUAUGAUGAUUGGUAUAUGUUAUUAUUCAAUGUUGUUCUUACAUCAUUGCCCGUCAUCUCACUUGGAGUUUUUGAACAAGAUGUUUCUGCGGAGAUCUGCUUACAGUUUCCAGCCUUAUAUCAGCAAGGACCAAGAAACCUAUUUUUUGACUGGUAUAGAAUCUUCGGAUGGAUGGCAAACGGUCUCUACUGUUCGUUAAUUGUGUUCUUUCUCAACAUCAUAAUCUUUUAUGACCAAGCUUUUCGGGCAGAUGGUCAUACUGCUGACAUGGCAGUGGUCGGCACGGUCAUGUUCACUUGUGUCAUCUACGCGGUCAACUGCCAAAUCGCCCUAACAAUGAACCAUUUCACAUGGAUACAACACUUCCUAAUCGGGUUCAGCAUCAUUACAUGGUACAUCUUUCUUGUAUUAUACGGGAUGCUUUCACCUGAUCUUUCAGGAAACGUGUACAAAAUCUUUAUAGAAGCUCUUUCUUCUGCACCAAUUUACUGGCUCAGCAUACUAUUAGUAACAGCUGCCUGUAAUUUACCUUAUCUUGCUCACAUAUCCUUCCAAAGAUCAUUCAACCCUAUGGAUCAUCAUGUAAUACAAGAAAUAAAAUAUUACAAAAAGGAUAUCGAGGAUCGACAUAUGUGGAGAAGAGAAAAAUCCAAAGCAAGACAAGAAACGAAGAUUGGGUUUUCAGCGAGAGUUGACGCAACCAUCAGAAAUUUGCGGUUUAAGUUGCAUAGGAAAUCAUUAGUGUUGAGUCCUCGUGCAGUGUUGAGUCCCCGGGCCGUGUUGUAACCCACUUAAACUGUAUGUUACAACCUCGUUCCGGUGUUUGUCCAUGUCAUUUUCAACCCAUUAUUGAAAAUAUAGGGUAUAGUGAAAAUAUCAGAGCUUUCUUAAGAAGGCAAAUAGAAAGAAUGUUAAUUGUAGGUUGUUUCUAAUUUCUAUGUAUAUUUGUAACAAGGGAUUCAUUUUAGAGCUGAUAUAGAUAUAGUUUGAUAUCACAAAACAAGCCA